AUGUGCGGAGUUAUAGGUCUAAUUUUGGCAGAUUCAGAGGGACAGGCGGCACCGGAUAUCUGCGAAGGUCUCAAUCUUCUCCAACAUCGUGGCCAAGAUGCAUGUGGUGUGGUGACCUGCGGGACGAAAGGACGAUUCUAUCAAUGCAAAGCAAACGGGAUGGUACGGGACGUCCUCGAUGCCCACAGCGUAGCCAGUCUGGUCGGCAGCAUGGGCGUGGGCCAUGUUCGGUACCCUACGGCCGGAAGUGCGGCACACGCAGAGGCUCAACCCUUCUAUGUUAACUCCCCCUAUGGAAUCGUCUUAGCACAUAAUGGAAACCUUAUCAACACCUCUCAUCUACGAUAUUAUCUUGAUCAUUAUGCUCACCGACAUAUCAACACCGACUCAGAUUCCGAACUCCUGCUCAACAUCCUCGCCGACAACCUGCAAAAAACAGGAAAGUUCCGGAUCGAUGAGGACGAUAUCUUCCGGGCAAUUUCGGGAUUGAUGAAGCACUGCCACGGUGCCUAUGCCUGUGUAGCCAUGUUGGCCGGCUUCGGUAUCAUCGCCUUCCGAGACCCGAAUGGUAUUCGUCCGCUUGGCUAUGGUCGUCGCAAAUCGAGCGCGCAUGAACGAGUAGGGAACCCAAGGGAGCAAUGGGACUACAUGAUCAGCUCAGAGAGUGUAGCCUGUGACGCCAACGGCUUUUCGGACUGGGUGGAUGUCAAACCAGGCGAAGCACUGAUAAUCACCCGAGACGGUGUCAAGACUCGUCAGGCAACCCAACAACGGUCAUUUACACCCGAUAUCUUCGAAUACGUCUAUUUUGCUCGUCCCGACAGUGUGAUCGAUGGAAUCAGUGUCUACCGAAGCCGAAUGGCCAUGGGCGAUGCACUUGCCGUUGAAGCCCGGCGUAUCCUUGCUGAAUGCAACAUCACUGUUGAUGUGAUCAUUCCUGUGCCUGACACGAGUCGAGUUGCAGCCUUGCAAUGCGCCCAAGGUCUCAACAUUCCUUACAGGGAAGGAUUCGUCAAGAACCGUUAUGUAGGAAGGACUUUUAUCAUGCCUGGUCAACAGACGAGACGCAAAAAUGUCAGGCGCAAGCUCAAUGCAAUGGCGAUGGAAUUUGAAGGGAAAACAGUGAUGCUUGUCGAUGACUCCAUCGUGCGAGGAACAACAUCGAAAGAAAUCAUUCAGAUGGCCCGAGACGCUGGCGCCAAGGCAGUUGUUAUGGCAUCAUGUGCUCCACCGAUUCGUUUCCCAAACGUAUUUGGUAUCGAUAUGCCAUCCAGGAAAGAGCUUGUUGCUCACAACCGGACUGAAGAUGAAAUUGCUCGUGAUAUUGGGGCUGACAAGGUAGUUUUCCAAACUCUGGACCACCUCAUCCAGAGUUGUGCCGCAUUCAACCCCGAAAUUACCCAGUUCGAUUGCUCUGUCUUCAACGGGCAAUAUAUUACCGGUGGAGUAGAUGAAGAAUAUUUGGAAAAACUAGAAAACAAGCGGGGCGAUUUGAGAUCCAAGAAAGCUUGCCAACCAAUCACCGCCUCCAGCUCCUUCGUAUCCGAUUCGAUGCCUGGAAACAACUCAUCAGUAUCUGCCAACAAGAAUCAAGGAGCCACAGUCGUUUCAUCUGGCCCGAUGGAUUCAACAUCGGUACCUGCGGCCGAUGCAAUGGGCUUAACCAACGAAAUACAGGCCUUAUUGAUCCAAAACGAUGUGUGUGUCGGCUUACCGAAUAGCAGCAACCAUGCCACCGGCCCAAAAAGUACUCGCGGAAGUCGUGGGACAAGCGUUAGCGUAGACGAUACCCCUCAGCCCGUAGCCAGUCCGAAUUCCUUCGAACCCAAUCAGGCCGAGACUGAUGCGUUUGAGAAACCAAUGAAGGACAGUCUGCGUAUCAAUGGUGCUCACAAAGACGGUACCGUUGGGGGAAUGGUACAUGACGAUGGCGGGCACAAUGGCUACAUCCCCAAUACUCCCAAUCAGUCACCCAUGAAUUCCAAAAUUCUUUGA